AUGCGUCUCCACCUUAUCAUUCAGCGUCACGGUCUUCCCGUGACGCGCAUUCUUUGGACGACGUCACCGCCGUCUAUCUACAACCAGGCUGCAUCCAGUUCCUCCGUGGUUCCUGUUGCUUCUUCGCUCGUUGCAUCGACGCGUACGCCGAAUGCACUGUUUUCGAGCGAUGGUUAUACCGUCGCACAGCUGUUGGAGGAUGUCAACGAGGUUGUUCCGCUGGAGACCGAGCCCGCGAUCUUCGAUAGCGAGUCGAGCGGUCAGUGGGGUUUGGAGGACUAUGUGGUUGAAGUCGGUGGCUCCGAAUGCUUGCACUUCAUGGAAGUGGAAGGGCUCCUUCGAGAUGGGGAUGAAGUAAUCAUCCGGGCCCUCCAGGUCGCGGAUCUCAGAGCAAGACGGCUUUCCGGUCGGCAUCAAAUCUCUAUAGACGGCAAACAUCUUAUCGAUGGGGUUCCUUUUGGUAGGCCUUUCCUCAAACGGCAAUCCUCCUCCCGGCCUGCGAUCUCGAUACCACCAAGGAAGAAACGGCGCACUAUUCUUGCGACUUGGGACAGUGAUACAGGCUUUAGCGAUGAAGAAGCACAAUGGAAUUUUCCUGGGCGCAUGAGCUCGAUGAGGGAGCUCUCCCGGCUUAAGGACCAAGAAGAUGAUGACAUGGUGGAUGAAUUUACGGAUUAUCAUCAAGACGAUGAUUAUGAAGAUUACCAUGAUAGCCAUGAGGAUUCUGGCGACGGCACUGUUAUUCGGCAUUCCAUAAGUGAGGAUGAAGAAGAUGAUGAUGUUGAGUCGGAUAUUGAAGCUGAAGAUCUGGCUGAAGAGCUGGAGGCUUUGGAGAAAGACCAGGAGAGUGCUGACUUUACUCCGAUACCGAAACCGGAUCAGGAGCAAGCCGGACCUGGAGGGUAUCCGUUGCGUACAAGGACCAGUAUUCUGCGCACUGCGUCCCGAAACCGCCAGUCUCACGCUUUCCCUAAAAGCCCCUCUGAAGCAGGCUCUUCGCGGAGGGAUUCUAAGGUUGUGAGGUUCAAGAAGGCCGAGCAGCCGACUUCGCCUUGUCCUUCUCAACCAGAGGGCGAUUCUCAUGUUAGCAAGACAGAGCAGACUUCUGAGGAUUCUAUCUCCAUCUACAAGAGCUUUAGCAGCAGUCCCGGCAGCGAUUCGAGUGACACGACUUCCGAUGAUGAGGAUUCCGCAUCUCCUUCUGAAGACUCCUCCUCUGAUUCAGACAGCUCCUCGGGUGAAUCAGAAGCAGAAUUGGAGGAUGACUCCGAAGACGACGAUUCGACUUCCGACUCUGAUGACUCAACGACCUCGGAGUCAGAAGGUGAAUCAGUAUCCAGUGCAGCUUCCGAGGUCAAGCUCCAGCCAAGGCUCAACCCGCCUGGACAGGGCUCUCUCAGGACGAAAAAGAGCAACCAGCGCAACAAGUUGCGGCGGCGAUUGUCGAAACUGAAGGAACUCGGCGCUUUACCUGCUGAGGCUGAUUUUGCGGCCCUGCGAGACUGGGAAAUAGCAAAUGGGGGUUGGUAUGAGCCUUCUGAGAACAAGCAGGGCGAGAAACGUCGCACCAAAGACCCAGAACAGGAGGAGUUUGAAGCGAAAAGACAAAAGUUGCUUCGCGAUCUCGCAUCGGGGGGUGUCGACAUCGACCUUUUUACUGAGAAGGAGAACGUGCUGCGACAACCAAAGACAACAAGCGAAGUAUUGGAGGAGGAUUCCGAAGACGAUGCCCCUGCUGUUGAAUCCACAAAACGACGUACGCUGGAUGUCGCAAGCUCCAGGCGGAUGCUGUUCGGAUCUCUGGGUGUACGGGCCCCCCGGUCCAAGGAAGAUGAAGAAGCCACGCGGAAGAAACUCGCAGGAAAGUCCAACAUUUUCCAGUCGAGAAGGCAGGAAGAACAGGCCACUGUAGAAGAGGCCGAUGGUGAUUCGGAAGAGAAUUGGGAAGACAAGCUAGUUCUGAAAGCUACUGAAUGUAUUUUCGAUGACAUCGAGCUGUCGGCGCCUCCUUUCCCUUUUGAGCAGCGCUGGGAUGCCGAGGCCCACCAAAUCAUUGGGAAGCGCAAGGGAUGGGGGCGGAAAAGGAAGAGGAGACAGCAGCUACAAGUCUACGAUGCAGAAGGGUACGAAGACUAUGGGAACGGUAACGAUGGCUAUGCCUACGAGGAUCUUGAGGUCGACCACCAGCUCGGCCAAGAACUCAACUAUGAUGAUCCGGUGCAAACGAGCAACGAAGUCACGAACGAUAUUGAGCCAACCGUUGAGGCCUCUGAGAAUCCACAAGACGAUCUGCCCCUGUUACCGGCGGAUUUGAGCACUGUGCCGGAUCUGACUGUUGACGAUUUGAAACAAGGAUCAGUCAUUGCUUUCAAACAGCUUGUGUUGUCCAAAGCAACGAACUGGCAGCCUACUGUGUCUGAUUACCUGAUGGCGAGGAUAGACAAUGUCUUUGAAGACAAUGUGCUGAAGCUGCAGCUUGCUAAGCGCGACCGGAGACAAGCUGCGCAAGCCGAUGACGAGGAAGGCGAAGAUGAAGAAAGUGGCCGCAAAUAUGAUGGAUUCGAAAUGCCAGGCAUGGACGAAGAUCAAGCAGAAGAUGAUGGCCUUCGAGAAAUAUCCUUUGUCGAUCUAUUUGAUGCAAAGCUCAUCCAAGCUGCCAAUGUGGCAGAUGUUGGGGGAGCCGCCAAAGUCAGCAACUCCUCCGCAGCCGAGAAGUCGUCUCUUCAGAGUCCGCAAUCCAUCGCUCCCGAGGACGAACCGAUGCGGGAUGUUAAGACAAUCGAGGAGGAGAACCCUAGGCAAUCCCCUACAAAGUCUGUGCAUUCACAAGAUGGUGGAAGUGAUACUCAAGCACUCGCCGAUGAACUCAUUGAGGAAGUCGAGGUUGCCGCAGAGAAGAGCAGGGCUGCCAGUCCAGCAGACCGCGCCAGUCCCAUUGUUGAAUCACCCCAGUUUGUUGGAUUCCAUUCUCCUCGCGCGGCAACGCCAUUGCUCCCCGAGGAACCCUCCAAGCAGGAAGUUUCCGGCGUCAAACCCACCGCUGGUCCGAAGGCGGCUGAAGAUAACGAUGGAGGAGAGGUAUUAAAUCCUCCCCAAGAGACCGCAGAAGCGCCGUCAACUCCCCGAUCUACGGCUUCUCCCAACGCUUUCAGCGAAACUCCCCGGUUGCUAGGCUCCGAUGAUGAACUGCAAAUGCUCAGCAGUCCUGAAAACCUCAUCAAUUUCAACCGUUUGCUCGAACAACUCUUUCAGGGCAAGCGGCCAACACCGGGCUCACCCAUUCCGAAGAAGGAACCUCGGCAGAGUCCGAAGAUGCUAGACACGCAGAUAUCAUCGUCAGCCAGUUCAUAUGUACCGAAUCCAUUCUAUGACGUCGACAGGGCCCAUGAGGAGCUCUUGCGAGGUGGAACCGAGCAAGCAAAGAAGGAUUCCGCUGAACAGGAAGGCCAACCGGCGGCUGAAGCGGAGCUACCAGCGCCUUCUCCCUCGUCUCACAGCUCUCCAACAAGCGCACAACCGCAACGGUCCUUAACACCUCAAGACCAUUCACUCAUCAGCGCAGUCGAAGAAAGCAACUGGUUGAGUCGUCACGACGACGCCUUCAGCACGCAGCCUCCACGAGCGUCGCAGUUUUCCAAUAUCGUCGAUUUGACUCAAUCCAGCCCUCCCGUGUCUCCCGGCGGAAGCGAUGAUGAGGACUUUGCUGUGUCGCAGUGUCUUCCCCGUGGCCCAGGGUGGGUGCAGAAGCAUGCGCCAAGUACGCGGCAACGUACUCGACCCUCGACAGCUAAGGCGCGAUUACGAACACUAAACGAACGCAGCAUCAGUCCACCCAUCCGGAGGGAUAAGCGGGGAUGA